AUCUGCACGAAUCAAUUCCUUCAAAGCACACAAUUGCUCAAACUAAGCUAAUCUAUGCAAAUCAAACUAUUCAGCACAAUACAAAAGGCCAUCAAAAAUUCAAAAAAAAAAAAAUUAGUUAAUUGAUGCACUAAAUUGGCAACCAUAAAAGAGGAAUUCCAUAGAUAUAUAUCAAUCUAAAAACAGCAGAUUUAGGCAAAAACAAAAAUUGCCGAAAAUGAAGAAGUUCAAUUAAAUGCUUGUCACUAGAAAUUAUAGAUCCAAGAAGAGAUAUAAACAUGCCUUUCAGUCCCUUUGCCUAUCAUUUUCUUCAUUACCCUCAUUUUGGUGAGACAAAAGGUGAUAGCUUAAAUGUGAAGAGGAACGAUUAUUUGGGGAAAAAGCUUGCCCACUGUUAGCAUUUGGAACUUGCAAUUUAGUAGAAAGAAAUUGAGAGAUAACUAAAAUUUCAAAAAUUCAACCAAAAGAAAUGAAAAAAAAAAAA